AUGGAUAGCUCGACCUACUUAAAAGUCGUGUUGGAGAGGGAGGUACUCAUCUGGGCGGAAUCCCAUUUCUACAACCGGUCAUGGAAUUAUCAACAGUACUUAGCUCCAGCACACAGGCCCGAGGUAGUACAGGUGUCGUAUUUCAACUUGUGUUUCUUCAUCUUAAUAGCUGGAUUGAAAGAUUUCGAUUUUGGUGGAGCCGAAAAAACACUCAGACAAUUGGAAGAGGAUUUAGAAGCGGUCAAGAUACUUGCUAUCUUAGCUUUCGUGCUUUUCUUCAAUAUUGUCGCUGCGAUUUUGCUGUUCAUAUUCCAUGGUAAGGAGAAUAAGGACAAAGCUGCUUUGAACGAUUGCGGGUUUUUGUCGACGGCCAUGAUACUUGUUGUAGCAGGCAUUGGUGUCCUCUUCGUGGUAAGGCCGCCUUUAGGCGAACAUAAUAAACCGAGAGAACAGCAAAUAAUCCCACUCCACGUCUCCCACGACAAGGCUCUGCCGCGAGAACGUUACAAGUCGUCUACUCUCAGCUGCAAGAGAUUGACGAAAUUUGCCGCUACGAGACGCCAGGGACAAAGAGGCUUCGUAUUUUGGGCCCUGAACCAGCGCCUUUCUGGAAGGAUGCUCGACAUCGAACGAGCGCUCGUAAGCUGCAUGGAUCCCUUCCUGUUUUCGAAACCACCCCCGUUUUACGCUAUCAGCACCAACGAGUUGCCCAUAGAUUCGAAGGUUCUUAUGAGGACGAAUGCUCAUCUCUACCAGAUUGAGAAGAAAGAUCAGAACGCCUCACCAUGCCCGUCACCCGAAUCUCAUGGAGCUGCUCCAGCGAAAGAGAUGUCGGGCGAAGCUUGUCCACAGAACAUUCCCACUUCAGCCUUUANAGAAGGACUGCCCCCAGAAAUUAAAACAGAAAAUACUUUCCCGAAAAAGAGUCCACCACAGAAAGAAGAUCUGGAAAAUCAAUUUGAUGACUUAAAAACUGUAUCUCCUGGGGGAUCGCCCAAAUCGUCCAAGGAAACAAAUUCCAAGGAGAGAGUGAAGCCACAUGAAGCAAGAGUAUUUGCAAGCAGUGAGAUGAUGGUUUCCAGAGAGAGAAAGCGUCAGUUAGAAAGAAGAAAGUCUCAAACGCCUGAGAUGAAUGAAGGAGAAGACGAUGUCAAAACAGCUGUCAAAGGUGGUAAAACAGGGAGUAAACACCGAAGAAAAAAAAGUAAGAAGAAGAAGUCAAAACGACGAUCAAAGGGCAAGAAAAAAUCGGUACGUGAAGGGAGAAAAGUAGAAAUAAACGCAAGGAGUUGUGUUGUCAGUAUGGGUGCACGUAUUAGGUUGAUGCAUAAUUAUGGCGGAUUUUUUGGCGGCUUCUUUUUUCUCGACAACAUUGAACUUUUGAAUUCGGGAUUUUUGUAG